AUGUGCCCCGCAGAUAUGCGGGCAGUAGGGAAGAGAGCUUUAGAUUGGGAUUUGAAUGAUUGGAAAUGGGAUGGUGAUCUUUUUAUUGCUAGCCCUUUGAAUCUGGUGCUAUCAACAAGUAUGAGUAGGCAAUUUUUCCCUCUUGGGGUUGGGAUAGGAAUUCCAACCACUGGGAAUUCGUCCGACUGUUCAUCCUCAUGCUCUAAUGAAGUGAAUCUGGGAGAUGAGAAAGGAAAGAGGGAAUUAGAGAAAAGGAGAAGGGUUGUCGUCAUUGAUGAUGAUAAUUUGAAUGAUCUAGAAACCAAUGGAAAAAAGACUAAAUUACGUGAAAAUAGUGCUGAUUUUCUUGGCAACUACAAUGAUGCAGUCCUGAAGAAUGUGGAAAUUUUGGCCUUUGGUGGGGACACUAUGGCACCAGGCGGAGCCUCCAAAAGGUCGUGUACAAGGAGGGGAGAGGGCCACGUACCCCCUACGGUAGUCUCAGAGACCGCAAGAUUUUAG